AUGAGACCCGCAAACUCCGACGGAAAUGGAUAUUCUCAGGGAUCUUUUCACUCCUCCCAACAGUCGGUUAGCGGCUUUGGUGACAGACGCCCCCAGAGCAAUGUCGCGCCAAUCAAUACCAACCGCGUGUCGAACAACAACAACAACAACUACUACAGCAAUGGCACAGAUAUGGCGACCCCACAGACAGGCUACGACAUGAACUUCACGCCUCUGCUUCCAUCGCAGCUUUUGAUGGGCAGCCCAUUCCAGCCUGGCUCACCGUCGACCUUUCAGUCUCCGCAGUUUCAGAGCUUCGCCAACUUUACCCAACCCCAAAAUGGAGCUCAGCAUCAAAACCGUAUGAGUAUGAGCAUGAACAUGAACCAGGCUUUCCAGCAKCAACAGGCUCCGUUCUCGCCGGGCGGGUACCCGAACAUGGGGUCUCCAACUGCUUUUGGCGCGUCGUCUUACUUUGGAGCAAUGCAAUCUCCAACCACUGGAUUCAACGCACUAGGAGGCGGUCAAAUGGCAUCAUACGCCCCAGCGAUGCACAUGGGGCAAGGCGUGGUGUCAGGAACCAGCCGCACAGUCUAUCUUGGAAACAUACCCCCUGAGACUUCGGCAGAGGAAAUACUCGGACAUGUACGCAGCGGACAGAUCGAGUCCGUUCGUCUUCUGCCAGACAAGAAUUGCGCGUUCGUCUCGUUCCUGGACGGGAGCUCCGCCACACACUUCCAUUCCGAUGCGAUCUUGAAGAAGCUGUCGAUCAAGGGCCAGGACAUCAAGAUUGGCUGGGGCAAGCCCUCAUCGGUGCCCACUUCAGUCGCUCUUGCGGUUCAGCAAGCCGGUGCAUCGCGCAAUGUGUAUCUCGGGAACCUGCCGGAAGAAACCACCGAGGAGGAGCUGCGUGAGGAUUUGAGCAAAUUUGGGCCCAUCGACACCGUGAAGAUUGUGAGGGAGAAGGCGAUUGGCUUCGUUCAUUUCCUAUCGAUUGGGAACGCGAUCAAGGCUGUGUCUCAGCUUCCUCAGGACCCCAAGUGGCAGGCACCUCGUCGUGUCUACUACGGCAAGGAUCGAUGUGCAUACGUCUCGAAGACGCAGCAGCAGAACGCUGCGCAGUAUUUGGGCAUUGCCCCUGGAUAUGCGCAUGUCCUGAACGGAGCCGACCGCGAUUUGAUCACGAACGCUCUCGCACAGCAGUCCGUUGCUGCUGCGGCUGUAGCAACCACGGCAGGUGGCGUGAACAACCUGGGCAACCGAACCGUCUACCUGGGCAACAUUCACCCCGAGACUACCAUUGAGGAGAUUUGCAAUGUCGUGCGAGGUGGUCUUCUACACCACAUUCGCUACAUUCCAGACAAGCACAUCUGCUUUGUGACGUUCAUCGACCCAACCUCAGCUGCCUCAUUCUACGCACUGAGCAACUUGCAAGGUCUGAUGAUUCACAACAGACGUUUGAAGAUUGGCUGGGGCAAGCACUCAGGAGCACUUCCGCCCGCCAUCGCCCUGGCAGUCUCUGGCGGCGCGUCGCGAAACGUCUAUAUCGGCAAUCUUGAUGAGACGUGGACCGAGGACCGUCUUAGACACGACUUCCAAGAGUACGGCGAGAUUGAGCUUGUCAACACACUGCGUGAGAAGAGCUGCGCAUUUGUCAACUUCACCAACAUUGCAAACGCCAUCAAAGCGAUCGAAGCCGUGCGAGGAAAGGAAGAGUACAAGCGAUUCAAGGUCAACUUUGGCAAGGAUCGCUGCGGCAACCCACCUAGACAGGUGGUCAACCAGCAACAACUCCAGCAGCAGCAGCAGCAGCAGCAACAGCAGUCGCAGGACCCAACCAAUGGGAUGAGCUCUUCCUCUCCUGUCAACGGCCUUGCUCCUAGCCGGACCCAUAACUCCAUCUCACCGGUCAGCUCGGGUCCUUCGAACAGCUACGAUCCACGCCAUGGUCCCACGGCUUCGACCAUCUUCAACACAGGUAGCAAUAACCCGUUGACACUGUACCUCGCAGCGUCGCAGCAGAACGCGCAAGCAGCCGCGGAGCAGCACGCAUUACAGCAGCAGCGUCACGAACUUGGUAGCCCUGACAGCAGCGCAGGCUACUCGCAGUCUUACCAGGCUCAGCCUAAUGGCAACAUGUCAAGCACGCAGCAAGCUUUCUACAGCUCUCCCAAUGAAGUCACGGGCAAUAGAUCCAUCGGUCUGGAGCCUCCGAGUGCCACCAAUCACCACUUUGGUCAUGGAAGCCAUCAGAGUGUCAACAUUAGCGCGAAUGGAAUGCCCAUGAACUCGUCCUAUUCCAGCCAGAACGCACAGCGAAGCCAGCACAGUCGGACUGUGAGCUUGCCUGCAUUUUCGUUGCAGCCGCAUUCUCAGCAGCAGCAACAGCAGCAGCAGCAGCAACACCAGCAACACCAGGGCUUCGGUGGCUACGGCAACGGCGCAUAUGGACUUGGUGUAUCCGAAGGCACCCUCCCUGGUUGGGCAGAAGAAGAGACUGCUUAA